AUGUCCUGUGUUGUCUGGACGGUGUCUGGACGGUGUCCUGUGGAUCGGGACGCUGUCGUGGUGAACGGGCGUGAUCUGGACUAUCACGUGACUAACAGUUUUCUAACGGAUGACUUCCGUCAGCGUCGGUUCACUGUCGGGUCACUGUCUGAUCUCUGUCGGAUCGCAUUCGGGAGAAUCGGGACGCUGUCGGGACAGAUUUGUUCAAUAUGGAAUCCACGUGUGCCUGACUACAAGAACAAAGAUCAAAGAGCACAAGUUUGGGAAGACUUGGAAAAGAUUCUGACUGCACCCAAAGGAACUACCCACAAGGUGAUAUGGGAAUCCCUCAUUCACUGUCACUGCAACGCCCUGCAGAGGACAAGGACAAAGAAGAAAUUGGGCAGUGUAGCAGACAACUCCAAACCCUGGAAGUUCCUGAAGCAAAUGGAAUUUCUCAUUCCUAUCAAGGACAUUAGAAAUUCAAAGGGAAACCUGCCCGAGGCGAGUGACGAAGAAAGUGAAACGGACGCCGACAUUUUACAAGCUGCUAUGGAAGAGGCUGACAUUGUGAGUGAGGGUGAUGGAGUCGAUGUUCCCGAGCAAGCGGUUGAUGUGGUGGAGAAAAGAAAAGGAAGUGAGCAAGGAGGAAGAAAACAGAAGAAGAAGAAGGUUGAGGACAACGAAGAUCCCAUUCUGUCCUUGAUGAGAAAAAAACUGGAGAGGAAACCUGAAUCUCCGCGGAUUGGUUUUUUCAACUCCAUCAUGCCGCGGGUAGAAACUCUUGAGGAGGAUCUAUUCCAGGAGUUCCAGCUCCAAACACUACAGCUAUUGAAAAACCUUCAUGCUCAACAAACUCAACAGGGACAUUUCUCUGGGAAAUCUGGACAGUCUUCUCUGUCAUCCCAUGAUUCCUUUACCCCAAUUCCAUCACCCCUCAGCAGUUCCAUGUCAUCACCAUCACCAUCACCAUCACCAUCACAAUCCUAUUACCCUCCCACUGCUCUCUAUCGUAGUCAAAAAACUCCACAACGUCAUAUGUUUGGGCAAUCAAGACAGUCUCCCAUGCCACCCUGGCAGAGCUCCUCCUGGUCAUCAGAAUUUUCUCAGGUUGACAUGGGAUCCCAAGGUUCAGCGGACUACUCCCAACUUGGCCGGAGCACUCCUGGACCCAGCAAUUACGAUAUUCAGUGA